AUGUAUUCAACAAACGCAUGGCGAGUUUAUUUACAUUUCUGUCUUCUUUCUACCCUGUGCAACUUCUAUGAGUGCAGUCAAGCCAUAUCAAAACUUUUCGAGCUUCCUACAAAUUGUUCGCAGAGAGUUUAUCCCGAAGAAGACCAAGCUGGUCCAACGCCCUUGUCAGCCUGGAUGGCGGCGUAUCGGGAAGCCAAAGACAAAGGAUUGAUUCCAGACCUCGGACCCUCAGUGAUGUCGAACCAAGAACUUUCGUAUGCAGAUUAUUCGACUGAAGAACUUAACAGUCCUGAGAAGGUUUGUAGUUGGACUAUCUCGAAGUGUGUGGUGGAUGAGGAUAUCGUAGCAGCACCCAAAGGGAUGAUGGGAAUCUCUUUUGAUGACGGCCCUGCUCCGGCCACUACCCUUCUGUUACCUUUUUUGCUAAAACAUAAACAGAAAGCAACCCAUUUUAUGAUCGGCUCACGAAUCUUGGAUAACCCUGAAGUUCUCAAACAAGCAGCCAAAGUAAACCGUGAUCAUAUCGCAGUGCAUACCUGGUCGCAUCCAUAUAUGACUAGCUUGACAGACGAACAGAUUCUGGGUGAAAUAGGAUGGACCAUGCAAAUCAUCCGAGACAAAGUCGGAUUGAUUCCCGCAUUUUGGAGACCGCCAUAUGGAGAUAUUGAUAACAGAGUCCGUGCCAUUGCAAGUCACGUCUUCAACUUGACCACAGUGAUCUGGUCAGAUGAUGUUAACGACUGGUGCUUAACCGAUAAAUCGUACCCUCAUUCCGAAUGUGGACGUGGAUCGGGACCUCAAAAUUCACAUGAUUUGUUAAGCGAUUUAGACCGGAUUACCAACCAUACAGAGAGACCUCAAGAACGCGAUUCAGGUAUUAUCAUCUUAGAACACGAAGCUGAUGAAAGACCCAUAGAAGCUUUCAUGCAAAAGUAUCCAAGCUAUAAACAAAUUGGAUGGGACCCAAGACCGAUUCCAGAUUUGUUUGGUUGA